GGCAGUGGGGCUAGUCUGGAAGGCAAAAAAUAAAUUUCCGCUUCCUGCACUGAUAAACAACUAACGCAACUUAAGAAAACAUUCGCGGUGAGUUUACUGCAACGAACGGAUACAACUGCAGCGCACCGCGGGCGAAAGGAUCGUUACAAGCGGACAGGUGCCACCUCGAUCCUCGCGGACGGAUGAUUGUUGUGCAGUAGGAUUCGCGCUUCCAAAGCUCGCCGUUUUAUUUGUGUUUUCUUUUGUUUUUGAUAAACAUAAGGUACCUCCAGUAUGUCGGAGCGGGGAGGGCUCCCAAGGACUGGAAAUGUACCGUCUCCGCAGCCCUCCAAACCGGCGGCGAUCACUUCCAAUCGCCCGGUGCACAUGAACUUGUACGCCACCUGGGAAGUGGACCGAUCAUCUCCGAGCUGCGUACCGAGACUCUUCAACCUGACGCUGAAGAAGCUGGUCAUGCUUAAAGAGCUGGAUAAAGAUUUGACCUCUGUGGUUAUUGCUGUAAAACUCCAGGGCUCAAAGCGAAUCCUUCGUUCCAAUGAGAUCUUGUUGCCAUCAACUGGCCAGACAGAAACAGACCUGCAGCUCACGUUCUCAUUGCAGUAUCCUCACUUCCUGAAACGGGAUGCCAACAAACUCCAGAUCAUGCUGCAGAGGAGGAAGAGAUACAAGAACAGAACCAUCCUGGGCUACAAGACCCUCGCGCACGGACUCAUCAACAUGGCAGAGGUGAUGCAACACCCGAUGGAGGGUGCUCAGGUACUGGGAUUGCACAGUCAGCUGAAGGAAGUGUCUGUCCCUGUGGCUGAGAUCAGAGUUUACUCUGUUUCCAGUCAACCCAUCGACCACGAGGGGCCCAAAGCCAAGAUGAACGAUCGUUCUCCAGACAUUGACAACUACUCGGAGGAAGAGGAGGAGAGCUAUUCAUCUGAACAAGAGGGCAGUGAUGACCCCGUUCAUCAUUAUCUAGAUGAUGAAGAGGAUGAGGUGAGGAAGAAGAAACCCAGACGCAAACUCACCUCCAACGCAUCCAUCACCAGACAACCCAACAUCAAGCAGAAGUUUGUGGCAUUGUUGAAGAGGUUUAAGGUGUCAGAUGAGGUGGGAUUUGGUUUAGAGCAUGUGUCUCGAGAGCAGAUUCAGGAAGUGGAGGAGGAUCUGGAUGAACUCUACGACAGUCUGGAGAUGUACAACCCCAGCGACAGCGGACCAGAGAUGGAGGAGACCGACAGCAUCCUCAGCACUCCGAAACCUAAACUCAGACCAUUCUUCGAGGGAAUGUCUCAGUCGAGCUCUCAGACAGAAAUCGGCAGCUUGAACAGUAAAGGAAGUCUGAGUAGAGACCCCUUCAGCCCUCAGGGGGAGCAGCCACCAUCAAAUAAACUCAAACACUCUCCUAGCAGCAACCUGGAGGAGCCGCUGUCUGAGAAUGACACACUGGAGCUGAAUGACCAGGAGUUGUUUAGUGAAGUCGGUCCCUGUAUAAUGGUGUCUGUGGCUGAGAAACCCCGAACACCAUUAAAAACAAGCAAGAGCGAGAUACAGUCCAUGCCGUCACCCAGGUUGGACGGAGGACACACACCCCGGAAGCGUAGCACUCCUGUGAAGGAUCGACAGCUCUGUAAACCGCUGAGUGAACGAACCAACAGCUCAGAUAGUGAGAGAUCACCUGAGCUUGGCCACAGCACACAGGUGCUCAGGAAGGCUGUAUUUGAUCAGUUAAAUCAGAUUCUGUUAUCUGAUGCGGUUCUUCCUGAAAGUCUCAUUCUGAUCAAUGGCACAGACUGGCAAGGACAGUAUGUUACAGAGCAGUUGCAGGUCCAGAAGCAUCCUAUGGUGUGCACGUGUUCUGGUGCAGAGAUUCAGGCCGUUCUGUCCGCUCUGCUCACACGCAUACAGAAAUUUUGUAACUGUAACUCAUCCAUGCCCCGGCCGGUGAAGGUGGCGGUGGUUGGAGGUCAAAGUUAUCUGGGCUCUGUGUUGCAGUUUUUCGUCACCCAAUUGGCCAAUAAGACAUCUGAUUGGCUCAAUCACAUCCGCUUUCUGAUCGUGCCUCUGGGUUCUCAUCCUGUUGCUAAGCACCUGGGUGUCCUUGACAGCCGCUACAGCGCAGCUUUCCUUGAUGGAGCUUGGAGAGACCUGUUCAACCGAUCAGAACCGCCACAGACAGAUUUGGUGGAUGUAGCUGGUCGCAUUGCUCAGUACAUCAGUGGAGCCGUUCUCACUCACCAGCUGCCCAUCGCAGAGGCCAUGCUUACCUGCAAACACAGAACGAGGGAUGAGGAUUCCUAUCAGAAGUUUGUCCCUUUUAUUGGGGUGGUGAAAGUGGGAUUGAUUGAGCCUGGCCAAACAUCAGCAGGUGACAUGGAAGAGAGUGUUGCUGUGAGUUUGGCCAUUCCCUCCACAUCUCCACCCUCUCACGGAUCACCUGCCAGCCUGAAAGAGACGGCCACACCCCCCUCCUCUCCGUCAGUGGGUGGAGGAUUGGCUGUACAGGGGAGCCCCAGUAUGUCUCAUGGCGUGGAUGCCAUUGGACUGCAGGUGGAUUACUGGCUGGCGUCUCUGGCUGAAAAGCGUCGGGAGGGAGAAAGGAGAGAUACGAGUUGUAAGAAUACUCUGAAGAGCGCAUUCUGGUCCCUGCAGGUCAGCCGGCUGCCAGGAGGGGGGGCCAGCGAGCCACAAGCGCCCGUCAACACUAUGGCCAUGACAGUGGUCACCAAAGAGAAGAACAAGAAAGUUCCCACUAUUUUCCUGGGGAAGAAACCUAAAGAGCGGGAGAUGGACUCUAAGAGUCAGGUCAUUGAGGGCAUCAGCCGGCUUAUUUGCUCAGCCAAACAGCAGCAGACUAUCCUGAAAGUUACCAUUGAUGGAGGUGAGUGGAAUGACGUGAAGUUCUUCCAGUUAGCAGCUCAAUGGCCGACUCACGUCAAGUAUCUCCCAGUUGGAUUGUUUGGCUACAGCAAACCACCCUCCUAGGACGGCCCACACUCUAAACCCCGCCUUCAACCCGCAACCUACACCCCAUUGCACACUGCCCCCGCCGCUUAGAAUGCCGGCCAGUUGUAGUUGUGAGACAGGACUCUCCUAUGUAGCAGUCUCUGGUGGGUGGAAAGGUGUAGUCAAAGAAGUUGGAUUUAGCAGGUUUGGUAGACUUUUAUGAGCGCUAGUCACUUUUAUUAAUCAAAAGGUCCUACAGCCACAUGUGGGGGGCCAAGCACAAAAUUUGAAUACACCACCUGUCAACCAUCAACCUGAUUACUAUUGAUCACUAUUGAACAACAUGACAAGGCAUUUGUCCCUAAAAUAUAAUGCCUGACCUGACAAUGGAUCGCUUUCAUUAACGUUAAAAUUUAAGCAUAACCAACAAAUGCAGUUUAAACCAAUAAAAAUGUUCCAUGGGAACCGUAGUUUCCACCAAAAUACUGUAGUUAUUACUGCAGUUAUUGUUAGUACUGUAAAAUCACAACAAAUUAAUAUGAUAUCUCCUAAAAGUGUUAGAAAUUUUCAGAAUCUUUCAAUCGCUUCAACUGAGUUGUUAUACUAACCUUAGCUACAAUAUCUAUUGUAUUUUGGUAGAAACUAUGGUUAUCGUAAUACAUUUUUGUAGGAGAAGAUUACUGUUUUUGUCUAAUUUGAGGAAAAAAAGCACCAAUUAGCAUUUCAAAACUAUUAAGAACCCUCCAAUUAUUGAAGAGGAUGGAGUUAAAGACCAGUUGCCCAUUAGCCAACUGGUGAAUUUUUAACAAUUCUUUAAACUACUCUUGCUCUCACAUGCCAUCUUCCCUCUAGUUGACAAAACUCAGAAAUGCAUCAUUAACCUCUAGCUUGCAUGUCUUAAAUUACAACCAUAAAAAAAAAAAAAAAAAAAAAAAAAAACGUUAUUUUAACGUUGGUUCUGUGGUGCACUUUAUGCACUUGUGCAUGUGUUGAGCUGUGCUUACUGUGCUGCUAUAUCCCACAACUUGCGUUUCCCUCAGUAUACAGAAGGUUAACAUCAGUGACUUAACAAGUAGUGGUUCACAGUGACAGUGGUUAAUCAGUAUAACUAGAAUAAACUAGUUCCAUUAGUUUUAUAUUAUUUUGUACACGGAUUAUGCUUUAACAUGUCAGAAGAGCAAGUGAUUGUUUAGUUCUACUUUUAAAAGUGACCUUUUAGCUCAAAUAUGUAGCUCGUCUGUUUAUUUAUUUACAUAAACCAUAUCUUCAAAGAUCACUCUGGCCAAUCACAAUGUAAACAUUACAGAACAUUGAUAGGAUGGAUGAAGACCAAGCCACCUUGGUAAUAUGGGCAAUGGCAAAAAUUUUAAAGUGUGUUGUCGAAAGAGAGCUAAAAAGAAUGAUGUCAUAUCGAUUAGCUAAAGGGUUGGACUAGGUUAGACGUGAAAAUGUUGUGGCGUAGUCAGCAGAAUUGAGGAAAUCUAUCAAUUUUGUGUUCUUGUAUGAAUCUUUACAGUUGUAAACAGGUUAGAGGAGAUCUUCCGAAGGGCAACCUGGGCUAGAUGCUAUGCACUUCAAAUCAACUUUACUCUUACACAUCUUCAUCCAAAGCACAAUGUUUUUGCCAGCUAGAUCCUCAUACAAAAUGCCCAGUUAAAACAAGCAUGGGAUCAGACCGUCACUCACGAUUAGUACCUACCUUUAAAGUCAUGAGCUAAACAGCAUAACUGAUCUUGGAUCAGUCAUUUUAGAGCUACAAGCUCCCUUUAUUUGCUAGCUGUUACAAUACUAUUUAAGGCAGCUUUCACGAAUGUAACAUUGUUCUAUUUUGUCUAGAACAUUUGUUAGAUAUUCUUGUGAGUGUUGGGUAACUAACAAAGAUGUAAAUGUUUGUGAUGUGGUUUUAAAUAAGAACAAAAGAAAUGAUAAAAAAAAAAAAAACAUUAUCUAUGAAACAAUGUUGUGCCACAGUUAGAGUGAUACAAGUAUGUUGUGUGUGUUGAUUUGUGUGCCUUUUUUGGGGGGGGGGGGAUAAUAAUGGUCACUGGUAAGGUUAGUCUGUGGUGUACACUAAACAUUCACUUCGGUCACAACACAAGAUUCAGCAUUUUUUUACCCUGCCUACUUCUAAGAAUUGAAAAUUUAACUACUAAAGAAUUAACAUAUCAUUAUUGUUACAUAACAAUUCAUGGUGACAAUUUGCAAUAAGGUCCUUUUUGUUAACAUUAGUUAACAUGAACUAACAAUGAACUACACUGGCGGCCAAAAGUUUGAAAUAAUGUACAGAUUUUGCUGUUUCGGAAGUAAGUUGGUACUUUAAUUCACCAAAGUGGCAUUCAACUUCACAUCACAAAGUAUAGUCAGGACAUCACUGAUGUAAAAAAAAAACAGCACCAUCACUAUUUGAAAAGAGUCAUUUUUGGUCAAAUCUAGACAGGCCCCAUUUCCAGCAGCCAUCCCUCCAACACCUUAUCCUUGAGUAAUCAUGCUAAAUAGCUAAUUUGGUACUAGAAAAUCACUUGUCAUCAUAUCCAACACAGUUGAAAGCUAUUUGGUUCGGUAAAUGAAGCUUAACAUUGUCUUUGUGUUUGUUUUUGAGUUGCCACAGUAUGCAAUAGACUGGCAUGUCUUAAGGUCAAUAUUAGGUCAAAAAUGGCAAAAAAGAAACAGCGUUAUUAAUGUCCUGACUAUACAUUGUGAUCAGUUGAAUGCCACUUUGGUGAAUAAAAGUACCAAUUUAUUUCCAUAAGAGCAAAAUCUGUACAUUAUUCCAAACUUUUGGCCGCCAGUGUAUACUUUUACAGCAUUUUAAAAAUGUAUUUGUAUAUGCUGAAAUUAACAUUAGUCAAUGCACUAUAAACUAAAAUGAACUAACAAUGAACAAUUGUAUUUUAUUAACUAACAUUAACAAAGAUUAACAUAAAAAACAAAACAAAAAACAAAUCUAAAAUUAAAAUGCUGUAAAAAUAUAUUGUUAAUUGUUUGUUCAUGAAACCUAAUGCAUUAACUAAUGUUUAUGAAUGGAACCUUAUUGUAAAGUGUUACCCAAUUUACUUGUGAAUUUCAUUAUUAAUUCCACUUACAGACUGAAAGGUUGAAUCUGACAAAAUCUGUCAAGAACAUGCCCGGGUCCUAUUUCACUACAAAAACAGAAGCAAAUUAGAAAUUGUAUUUUGCAUAAAGAAAUUGAAAUUUUGUAAAUCAUGGAAAUAUUUACUGCAUUUUGUUAUAAUUUAUGCUUUUUUUUUUUUUUUUUACUUUAAUACAAUAAAAAAUACUGUAUAUACAGUAAAAAUACUUUUGAACAGUAAUGACAAUAAAAAAAAAAAAAAGGGAAUUAUCAAAAAACAAAUGUAAAACAUCUGGACGCAUAAUGGUCAUGAGAAAUUUGAGUUCAAAAAUGUACUUAAUUUUUAUGAAAAUAAUGACACAAUGCAAAAAAUCUUAAUGGUCAUAAUUAGGCUUAACAGUUUUUAUGUGACCCGGACAUUUUUUCACAAAAUUCUCUCAAAAUCUUUCUAAUUUGCGUAACUUGUCAUAUUUUCCAUGUCUCUUUCCACAAUGAGAGUAUCCCUAUGUGGCAAAAAGUAUUACGAACAACUUAGUAUUAAAAAGUAGAGGGAAUUGUUUCACUCAAACAAAACUUAAUACUACAAAAAUCACAAAGGUUGCUGUCUGCACACUGUAUAACAAUCAGACUGAAAAAGAGUCUAGCAAAAAAAAAAAUUUUUUUUUUUUUUUUUUUCACUUGCAUAAUGAAAGUGUGCAGUGUGGGGGAAAAAAGUGUCAUCCAGUGUGCAGACAGCAACUUUUGUGAUUUUUGAACAACUAAGUAUUAAAAUAUAAAUGUAAAUUAGUUUUAUUCUUUCAUCCUGCUCCUUACAUAUUUGUUUAGCAAUAGUUUUAGGUUUGUGUUUUGUUUUUGAAGUGUUUUCUUUCAUGUAUAUUAAAUGCAGCUCUCUUAUUUCUACCCAUAUUCUUAUAAAAGAUUAAAUAAACCUUCAAAAUGAUGUUUCCCAUCCAUUAGGGUGACUAUAAUACAACACACUAUUGAACAAAAAUCCUGUCAAGGCAAAUAAUAGAAAAAAACCUUAACAUGUGUUCACUUUUACUAGUUUCUAUAUAGUACUCUGAGUUUUAAUGGCAUUUAUUUUUUACAUUUAUUUAGAUCGUUAUAGGCUACAUUUUAAAAGAAAUACAAAUGUAUGUAAUGAUGUUACAUUUGCUGUUUGUGUUUUAAACUUAUAUGAUGGGCAAACAAAAAUUUGCAGCCACCUUUAUACAAGCUUUUAAGGUAAAUCACAUUUACAAGUUUACACCUUAAAUGGCAUCUAUUUUGGGGUUCUGGUUUAAAUUGUAUGUGAAUGUGUUUCUUGAAACGAAAUAAGGAGAGGCAAAAAAAAAAGUGUUACUGCAAAAGAGUCUCAGCUGUUACAUUUAGUUUUUGUUUGUUUGUGUAUAGUUGAAAAAUUCAAGUUUCAGUAUUUUUGGAGCAGUCUGGAAAAACAGAAUUUUUCCGAAUGUUCAUUUCAAUAUGAAAAAAGAAACUCAUGGGCACACCACAUUCCAUUCUGUUUUCAACAACUACAAAAUACCUUUUGCUUCAUCCAAACAUGCACUGUCUUUUUAUCCAUGUGCUGUUUGGAGUCUGGUCUUUGCCUGGCUGUACCUGUACCUCUUUACUUAUGUACCUCUGUGAUGGUUUGUAAUGUGAAAUUUCUUCAGAAACCAUGAAGUGGAUUUGAGCAUUCUGUUUGAUAAACUAAAUAUCUGAACAGCCAAUCAGAAUGGUCUCUGUCCACUUCAUUAAAUACUUUUUGUUGAUGUUCAAGAGAUAAUAUUCCUGAAUUCCACAAGCUUCGGAUUACAAACAGCAGAUUUGGCCAAAGUUAGCAAAUGUAAAAAUAAUAACCCACAAUAUUUAGAUGUGGAACACUAAGAAGCCAAGCUUGUGGAUGAGAGAAGUAUUUUGCACAUGCGUUUAUUAUCUUUUAGCAGUGUUCAGCUGUUUGCCUUUUUGCUUCUAGACAGUAAUGCUUGUACAUAUCCAAAGUGCUUGUAAUAAGAACUUAUGUUCCUUUAUUGUGUGUGUUUUUUUAAUUAUUUAACAUGUUUUGUAGUACUGCUUUUUCAUAAUUAAGUUGUCAAUCAAUAGAUGUGGUAUGGACAGUGGAAGUGUUACUUGUAUUCUUUUUUUAAUUAAUAAACACACCUGAUUUGUA